AUGCACCUUCUCAAAAGCCUCACCCCCUUCGCCCUCCUAGCAACCACCGCCUCCGCCGUCGGCAACGCCAUCGUCACAAACAACUGCAAAGACCCCAUCUACCUCUGGUCCGUCGGCUCCUCCGUCUCCCCGAAACACACAAUCCCCUCCGGUGCCAACUACACCGAGCCCUUCCGCCACGACGACACCUCCGGCGGCAUCGCGCUGAAGAUCACGCGUACGGACAACGGGCUAUACGAUGGGAGUGCGCAGUUGACGUACUCGUACAGUUUGGAUGGGGAGCAGGUGUGGUAUGAUUUGUCGAGUGUGUUUGGGGAUGCGUUUGCAGGGGAUGCUGUUGUUGUGAAGCCGGAGAGUGAGGGCUGUGGGAGUAUUUGUUGGGCUGAGGGGAGUACGCCUGGGGGUAGUCAGGUGAAGGUUUGUGAUGCGGAGGGGGAUGUUGGGUUGGUUGUUUGUGCGGAGGGGUGCUAA